GUGAAUAUCCUUGAACUUUUAAGACUAGUUCACCCACCGAACUUUUAAAUAGCAGAAGAAAUAGUGCAACGUUUGAUUUGGAGGAAGUGAACUGUAGUUUCUUUUACAAAUAAUACACUAACAUUCUUGUUUUAGUGUAAUAUUAUGAAUCCAUAUUACAUUAGGGCUUCGUGGAAGAUGCAACAGCAUUUGAAGACUUUUCAAACGAGAAACUAUUCCACACAAACUUCAGAACCCAAUGGUACAUACGACGCUGUGAUUAUAGGCGGAGGUCACAAUGGAUUGGUUGCAGCAGCUUAUUUCCAGAAGUCAGGCUUUCGGACAUGCGUCCUGGAGAAGAGACAUGUGGUGGGAGGUGCAGCUGUUACCGAGGAGAUAGUGCCAGGUUUUAAGUUUUCACGAGCUUCAUAUCUGCUCAGUCUCUUACGGCCACACAUAUAUUCAGACCUGGAAUUAAAGAAACAUGGCUUAAAAACAUACAAACGAAAUCCUAGUUCAUACACACCACUACAAGAGUCAGCAUGGCAGCAAAAUGGGCCAAGAUCUCUUACUCUAGGAUCAGAUGAGCUCAGUAACAAGCGACAAAUAGCCAAGUUUUCACAGAAAGAUGCUCAGGCUUACAGGCAGUAUGAAGAGAAGCUUAAGAGAGUAGUGGCAGCUGUUGAACCACUGCUGGAUUUAUCUGCAGCUGAUACAAUGGCAUUUCUUAGGGCAGAAUCAGUUUGGAGCAAGGUAUCUGCUCUAUUGAACAGCCCACACCUGAGGAAAGCAGUCAUGUCUGUGAUGUCACUUGGUGCUGAUAUACCAGCUCUCUAUGAAUUCCUAACAGCUCCAGCCAGCAGUAUUCUGAAUCACUGGUUUGAAUCAGAGCCACUCAAGGGCACCUUGAUGACAGAUGCAGUGAUAGGUACGAUGACUGGACCAGACACACCAGGCAAUGGGUAUGUAUUACUGCAUCACAUGAUGGGAGAAAGUGGAUGGGCAUAUCCUGAGGGGGGAAUGGGUGCUGUCACUCAGGCAAUGGCAGCAGCAGCAGCCUCCUAUGGUGCACACAUAUUCACAAAUGUGGAAGUAUCCAGCAUUUGUCUAAAUGGAGAGGGCCAUGCAAUUGGUGUAGUGACAUCUGAAGGCCAUGAAAUCAAAGCUACUAUAGUCCUGUCCAAUGCUACACCAUAUGUAACAUUCAACAAGUUGCUUCCUCAGACAGCUCUGCCAGAAAAGUACCAGGCUGCCAUUAAUAAUAUCAAUUACACAUCACCAGUAACAAAAAUCAAUGUUGCAGUGAAUAAACUGCCCAACUUUCUGGCUGAUCCAUGUGAGAAAGCAAAUCAGCCAAUGCCACUGCACCAAUGCACAAUACAUAUAAAUUGUGAAAAUACAGAACUUAUCACACAAGCAUAUAACUGUGCUCUGAAUGGGAAAAUCUCAGACAGACCAAUGAUUGAAAUGGUAAUUCCCUCAAGUGUGGACCUUACAUUGGCACCUCCUGGCUGCCAUGUCUGUCUCCUGUUCACUCAGUACACACCAUACCACUUGAAGAACGGUGCCACUUGGGACAAAAAAACAAAGGAGCAGUAUGCUAAGCAGGUUUUUGCCAAUAUCGAGGAAUACACACCUGGAUUUACUGACAGUAUUGUUGGAAUGGAAGUACUUACUCCACCAGACCUUGAAAACAUUUUUGGCCUUACUGGAGGUAACAUCUUUCAUGGAGCUUUAACAAUGGACCAAUUAUUUCUGAGUCGCCCAAUUGCAGGGGAUAUUGGGCCACCAUCCCCAUUCACACCUAUAAAUAAACUUCUGUUGUGUGGCAGUGGAAUCCAUCCUGGUGGUGGGGUAAUGGGUGCCCCAGGAUGCAUUGCAGCACAGGCUGGCAUUACACUUCUGCAGAGUAUGGGAAGGAAGAAUGGACAUUGAAAAGGCACAAACUCCUGAAUAGAGAGUAAUUCAGUCCCGUUACACUGGCUUAUUAUAAAACCAAAUGCACCAAUAUUUUGCACACACACAAACCUGACAGUCUGUUGUUUAGUUGUCACACACAGUACCUCAGGAUGUUCAGAAUAUUGACAAAUACUGUAACAAUGACAUCAAUGUGAAACAACUGUAAAACAUCCUGCAUCCUACACUUUUACCUGAGAAUUCUUAUAAAAUGUAUUAUACACACAGAAAUAUGUGUGGUGCACAAAAUGGUGAUUAUGUUAAGCAUUAAAAUUACUUCCAGUCAUUGAGGACAAAUCAGAGAGAUUGUUCACAAUCUUAUAAAGGCCAUUCAAGUAAAUCAAACUGAAUCAUUCCAAAUACAUACAAUGAUUUUCUAAAUUAAUUACUUACAAUGUUACAUAAAGGAAAUCAACUAAGGAUACAGGUUUUCUGUUGUGUGAAGAAAAUGGAGGAAUGAACAAAGGUAUUUACAAACAGCCCUGUGCAAGACAGAUGUAGAAAAAUUUACUGACAAUUAAUAUUACAAGGCUGAUAACACAAUGCACUGUAGAAAAUGAUUAUAAACAUUGUAAGAUAAACACUGCUUACAA